AUGCGAUACCUGAGAAAGGGCUUGCCAAAGGUGGUGCCCAGUGAGGGUAGGGCCAAGAUUGUGAGCUUCCUUGAGUCUGUGUACAACUCCAUUGCUGAAACCCUUCCGGACGUCCGGGAUGACUGGGAUGGGGACGUGGCUGAAGGUUUGCCCGAGCUUGCAGAUGCGUACGCAGAUGCUUUGAUGGCACAUGAAUCAGAAAUGGUAGAAGGUGACAAGGAACAGAAAAGAAAGAAAGGUAAGCGCGCCCGAAAGAAUUCCCUUGUCAUCAACACCCAGAGGUUUGAAGGGCGCAUCGCUGAGAGGAAUGUGAUCGAUGAAAAAACGAGGGACCAGAUCCUCAAGCACGUGCCGGUGAUGAAGAGCUUCAAAAUGUUUGAAGCUGCGGAAUAUAUGGAGGCCUGGGUGUUGGACAAGCUUCCUUUGGAGCCUCUGUUGGAUGCCAGCGCGUUGGGUGUUGGCAAGGAUGAUCGCAAGCACGCUCGGGUCUAUGUGGGUCUCGCAAAGGAGCGAAUUGUACUUGAAUCUGCAGCGCAUGCUUGGAGUAAAGGCGUGCCUUGGGCGGAGGCGCUCGACAUAUCUGAAAAGGCCUUGAAGAAGGCUGAAGCGAAGGCCAAGCCUCUUCCAAAAGGAAGGGCUCGGCGGAAUGUUUGA